UCCGAGAAUUUAUGAAACUUGUCUUAUAUAUUUCUUUCGUACCCAAUCGGUUUAUUAACUGUUACGUUUUCCUUUUCUUUUCCUUUCUUUCCCUGCUCUGUUUUUAUCUUUUUUUCUUUCCAAGACGCCAUGAAACCACCUUCACUAAUUCCUAUAUAUAUAUAACUUCGUAACUCAUCUCACAUCAUUACACACCAACCUUUGUUUUUUCGUUAGGCCUAAACCCACAUUACUUUUUUGGGUUCCCCUUUUUAAUAUAUUUUUUUUUUCGGGUUUCUUCUCAACUAACUCGAAUCCUCUUUUCCACUAUUGGAUCGCUAUCCUAAUUUAUAAUUACUUCUUUUGCUCAGAACUUUUUCUGGGUAUCUUGUAUUCUUUUUAUUGUUAUUAUUUGUGGACGGGUGAUUCUCUUUUCGUGUUUCCGACUCAGCCAUGAAUGCCCUCGCCGCAACGAGCCGUAACUUCCGCCAAGCGGCGCGUCUUCUUGGUCUUGACUCCAAGAUAGAGAAAAGUCUCUUGAUCCCAUUCAGAGAGAUCAAGGUGGAAUGCACGAUCCCCAAGGAUGAUGGAAGCUUGGUCUCGUACGUUGGAUUCAGAGUACAACAUGACAAUGCACGUGGACCCAUGAAGGGAGGAAUCAGAUAUCAUCCUGAGGUUGACCCUGAUGAAGUGAACGCUCUAGCCCAACUUAUGACCUGGAAGACUGCUGUAGCAGACAUUCCAUAUGGUGGAGCAAAGGGUGGAAUCGGGUGCGACCCAAGAGAGUUGAGUAAGAGUGAAUUGGAGCGUCUCACUCGUGUCUUUACCCAAAAAAUUCAUGACCUUAUUGGAAUUCAUACUGAUGUGCCAGCACCAGAUAUGGGAACUAAUGCCCAGACAAUGGCAUGGAUUUUGGAUGAGUACUCCAAAUUUCAUGGUCACUCACCUGCUGUUGUGACAGGAAAGCCCAUUGAUCUUGGUGGCUCACUUGGUCGAGAGGCUGCAACUGGGCGCGGUGUUGUCUUUGCUACAGAAGCUUUGCUUGCUGAAUAUGGGAAGUCAAUCAAGGAUAUGAGAUUUGUUAUUCAGGGGUUUGGAAAUGUGGGCUCUUGGGCAGCUAAGCUAAUCCAUGAAGGUGGUGGAAAGAUUGUUGCAUUAAGUGAUAUCAGUGGUGCAAUUAAGAACUCUAAUGGAAUUGACAUACCUGAAUUGCUGAAGCACAAAGAAAGCACUGGGAGCUUACUAAAUUUUGCUGGUGGGGAUGCCAUGGAUCCAUCUGAACUGCUUGUACAUGACUGCGAUGUUCUCAUCCCUUGUGCUUUAGGAGGAGUUCUCAACAAGGAAAAUGCUGGAAAUGUCAAGGCCAAGUUCGUAAUAGAGGCAGCAAAUCAUCCAACUGAUCCUGAAGCAGAUGAGAUUCUGUCUAAGAAAGGAGUUAUCAUUCUUCCAGACAUAUAUGCAAAUGCUGGUGGGGUGACUGUUAGCUAUUUUGAGUGGGUUCAGAACAUUCAAGGUUUCAUGUGGGAUGAAGAUAAGGUGAACAAUGAACUUAAGCGGUAUAUGACUGGAGCUUUCCAUAACAUCAAGAGCAUGUGCAAAACACACAACUGCAAUCUGAGAAUGGGAGCCUUUACAUUGGGAGUCAACCGAGUAGCACGUGCCACCAUUCUUAGGGGAUGGGAAGCAUAGACUGAAUGAGCUUAAUUCAGUCUUUUAUUUAAUUAUUUAUGCACAUUUAGGUGCCACCUUCUUCCUAAGGGGAUACGAACCAUUCUCUUUUCUUUUAUUAUAUGCUUUCUUGUUUUUUACACACAUUUUAGGGGUCAAUGCCUCUUUACUUACCUUCAAAUUGUAUCACUUGGUACAAUAUUAAACUCAUUCAUUUCGGAAAUUAUUUAUAAUACUUUAUACUUUUCAACCAA